CUUCUCCUCCUCAAGGGUUCUAGGCAUAAGCAGUAGAAAAUGCACAGAUAAUUGUGUACGUGUUUCUAUUUUUCAUCAUACGACUAAGUCCCAAUAAUUUUCACUGUUGAGAUUAAUAAUACAGAAAGUAAUCUAUAAAAUGUAAAUAAAAUAAUAUUGUUUGUUUGGAAAAGACAUAUUUGAGCCGAAAUCUACUUUUAAUGCCUGUUUUGCGUCAUUAGAACGCGUCUUGGUUUUUCCACUCACAAGUUUCUUUCCGCGUGCGGGUGGUAAACAUUUAACUUGUACCUUAUACACGUCCACAAUCAGGCCAAAAUUAGAAAAUGAAACAUAAAACCAUCGACGGAAAAGGAGGCAAGCAAGGAAUAUCUAAAAAGAAUGUAACAAGUGCCAAAACCAAGAAGAAAUGGGUUCCGCAGCAUAAACAGUUUGAAGGAAGUGUUAGGGAAGGUCAAGGAUUUGCUUAUAAGAGGAAGCAGAAAGCCAAGAAUGAAUACUUUAAACUGCUACGGAGGGAGAAGAAGAAAACUAUAGCCCCUAAAAACGUGUAUAAAGACGAGUUUCCAGAGCAUCUCAAGCAUCUUUAUUUAGCCGAGAAAGAGCAGCUGAAAAAAGAGGCUUGGGCCAACAGAGUGAACAGGAGCAAACUAAGAAUGAAAGGCAAGGAAGAAGAUCCACGUAUAGCUGAGGCUGCUACACAAAUGGACCAAAAUGAAGGGAAUCCAAGUAUUACUGAGGAAGCAGAACCCAACUCUGACAUUAAACAAACAGAACCUAGUGAAGAAGAGGCACAGAUGAGCAUUCCCAUGAGCAACAGAAUGCGAAAGAGGAUGCUAAAGAAAACAUCAUAUCAGAAAACACAAGAGGAGUUUGAAAGAAUCAAAGAAAAUCGAAGAAAGAAACAAGAGGAGUAUCUAAAGAACAAGCAGCAGCGCGAGGAAGCCCUGCAGAAGUACAAGCAGAAAAAGAUGGAGAACUAUCAGAUGCUCUGUAAAAAGACAAAGAAAGGACAGCCCAACCUAAACCUCCAGAUGGAAUAUUUACUGCAGAAAAUUCAAAGAACUGAUAAAUGAUGGCUGAAAAUUGCAUAAUUUGAAUUCUUGUAAAUAUAAAUUGUAAUCUUUUAUUUAUUGUCUCUGAUCAGAUCACCUAUCUGUCUUGGUUACUGUUGUGGAUAAAUCCUUUUUAGACUAAAGAUGACUGUAAAGUAGAUAUUAAAAAUAGUAAGGUGAAAGUUA